AUGAUUGCACGGCCUGCGAUGGCGAGCUUCGGCUGUCGCAGUUGCCAAAGGAGCCUAAUUAGGGCCGUUUUAGCUGCCGGCCGCCCAAGAAUCGCAGCUCCGGCCCAGCGCCUGCAGUCUCCUUCACGUCACAUCCAGCAGCAGAAUCUGUCGACAACAGCGCGACGCCUUCGAGUCGAUGACAACACAUGCAAAACCGUGGUCGAUACCUCCAGCGAGACGAAACAGCCCGAGGAAGAGGACACGCCAUGGUUCCUGGAAGAAGAGGCUCCUCAGCAUCCGCCCAGCCAUCACCAGCAGACACUACCUGUCGCUCCAGCAGGCGCGCCGGAAAUCGUGGAGCCCAUGAUGAAAUACAUAUUCGAGGAUAUGGGCCUGGAUGACCUUGCGCUCUUUGACUUGCGAGAACUUGACCCGCACGCCGCCCUUGGGCCUAACCUCAUCAUGCUGUUCGGCACCGCGCGCAGCGAGAAGCACCUCCACGUCUCCGCCGGUCGCUUCGUGCGCUGGAUACGCAAGAAUCACAAGUUCGAGGCCAAGGCGGACGGCCUCAUCGGCGCCGGCGAGCUUCGCACCAAGCUGCGCCGCUUGCGCAAAAAGGCCAAGCUCAUGGGCACCAACGCCAAUAUCAUCCCCCGGGGCGACAACGGCAUCUCCACCGGCUGGAUCUGCGUCAGCUUCAACACGGACGACGGCACCUCGACAGCGGACGCCAACUUUGAUGCCACAGGUCGCCUUGCCGGCUUCGACGCCGGCGAGACCGGCACGACGAUUGUCGUGCAGUGCAUGACGGAGGCCAGGCGCCAGGAGCUCGACCUAGAGACGCUAUGGGAGGGCAUGCUCAAGAGGAGCUUCAGAGACAGCAGGCAGGUGCACGGCCAGGAGCCGCUCUCGGCCGACGAGCUGAAGGCCCGCGUUGCUUCCCGGCUCCAGCUUCCAGAGGGCUACAACAAGGCUGCCAAGCAGUGGCAGGCCAUGGAGGACGCCUCACAAAUACGAUAUUUUUCAACAAGUGCGCGGCGACUGACGACGGAAAGCACUACCGAUGAGGCCGCAACGACGCACUUGAACCUCGACUCCGUCGCCAUGCACGUCCAAGAUUUUCAAGCAUCCGGCGCGCCCAUGGAAGCCGAGGACCUCGUCCGCCUCAUCCGCCACGUCUUCAAAGCCGGCCCGCGCGGGGACGACACUGCCGCCGAGCGAAUCCGACUUGUAGACCAGCUGCUGCUCGCCGGCGAGGAACGCGGCAUUGCCCUACUAUCCGGCGACAUCCUCAUCACUCUCGUCGAAGCCAUGGUCUCGUCCCCGGCCUACGGACCCGCGUUGCAGCGCGCCCAGGCCAACGUCGAGUUCCUCCUCACUGAGCGGCGCAUCCCGCCCAACCCCGACCAGACACGCCGACUCAUGGCCGCGUACGCGCGCCGCGGCGAUUGGGAGCGCUUCUGGGAUGCCUUCCGCACGCCCACACGCUUCCGACUCGCUCGCGGGCCCGAGCUGUACGAGCUCGCCUACGCGACCGCCGCGGCCACACACGACGUGGCCCUCUGCACCGACGCGCUGCGACGAACGUACCCGGAGAUGGGGCGCGAGGACCCACCGGUGCUGCCGACCGGCACCGUGUACGACGCCCUGCGCGCUUGCGUGCUCGUGGCCGACCCCGCGGCCGAGGAGCUCCUCCACCGCCCGCCGGCCGAGGCGAGCAUGACCACGCUCGAGAAGCGGAGCCUCAAGCACCGGGAAUUCGUCGUCUUGCUGCGCGACGUCGAGCGCAUCCGCAAGGAGCUUCUCACCGAGGAGGCGCGGCUGGAGAGGCAGGAGGCGAUGGACACGGAGAUCCGAAACAGGUUUGAGGCGUAG